CGUUUGACAUUUGACAUUUGACAUUUGAGAGAGAGGGACAGAGAGAGAGAUACACAUGACUGUGGUGACGAAACGAUGCAUUUGAGAGUGCGCGGGGCGUGAGGGUUUGCAGUGUGCUUUGUGUGGGUGUGGGGGAACUUUGAUGCCAUUGCUGACAACUCGCUCGCUCUCUCGCUCUUAAUUCUGCGCUUUCUCUCUCCCUCUCUUCUGCAAUUAAUUUGUUAGGAACAAGAAGAAGAAGAUGAAUAGAUCAUUCGAGUCUUAUUCCUCAAACCCCUCAAUUUUCCCCAUUUUCAAUGCUCCUCCAACUAAUGGCAUUCCUCUCCCAAUUCCCUCCAACUCAGAUAUCAUGUCUCAUGAUGUGCUCAUCAAAAGGGCAGGAAUGUAUCAGGAUUACAUGAAGCAGAUUCCAAUCCCAAGCCAUCGAGGCUCUGUCAUCCCAUUUACCUCAUGGAUGGGGUUAGGAAGAUCCCUUAAGCAGUUAUACGGGCAGCCUCUUCAUUACCUCACAAAUGUUCUCCUUAAGCAGUGGGACCAGCGGAGAAUUGGCAGCGCGGAUGAGCUUACGCCAUUAGACGAUAUCAUUCACCCGUGCAAAGCUGAAGCCAUGGUCUGGCUGGCAGAGGAAGUCCACCGGAAAACCUCAUCGCAUUUCCAGAUUGCUGAUCUCUGGAUGCUGGACCCGAAGUACAAUGCUUUUCUUGAUUCCAUUUUUCCAAAAUUAGAGAACUCAUCAUGAAGCCAUUUAGUUUAGAGGCUCUGUAUUCACAAAAAAAAGUAAAGUUCAACAAAAAAAAGUUCAGAGGCUUUGUACUUUCUGCAAUGUGUAUCAGUUGUAUUUUCCUGUUGGUACAGUAAAUAGAACCUGCUUCCUUGACCUUUUCUUCCUUAACUUUCUGUUCUUAGCCAUUUUCCAUUGUAAUAAAUGGUUGCAUCUCAGUGUGUCUCCCAGGACAGACUAAAUAUCCUGGACUAAAGGUUUUAUAUGAGCCACCUCAAAUUACAAUA